AUGUCCUCGUCAGUACUCUCCGAUGCCUUUAGAACUCAUCCUCUCAAUCUCAAUCACAAAGUUGUAGACCUGAGCUCAGUUGAGAUAUUACCCGACUCCCAUGCAUGGACGUCGGAAGCAAACAAGUACAGCUCCUCUUGCGGAGGCGAUAUAUCUAGACUCGAAUCAAUUCCUAUAAUUAACCUGAAGGAUGAAAACGCCAUGGAGCUCAUCAGGCUCGCAUGCACGACUUGGGGCGUUUUCCAAAUCGUUAACCACAAUGUACCCAAGAAUUUGGUUGAUGAAGUGGAGUUGGCAGGGGAGAAACUUUUCUCCCUCCCCAUGGAUCGGAAGCUCAUGGCAGAGCGUACCCCUAACGGCGUGUCAGGGUAUGGGAUGGCGCGCAUCUCUUCUUUCUUUUCAAAGAGCAUGUGGUCUGAGGGCUUCACUAUUGUUGGAUCACCGCUUGAACAUGCUGCCAAACUGUGGCCCCAUGACUACCAUAACUUCUGUAAUACGAUUGAAGAAUACCAAAAGGAGAUGAAAAACCUAGCAAGCCGCCUUAUGGGGCUCAUACUCGGGUCAUUAGGCGUAACUGAAGAUGAUGUAAAGUGGGUCGAACCAAAAGGCGAACUGAAAGAGAGAGGUGCAGCUCUACAACUCAACUCAUACCCACCGUGCCCGGAUCCUGAUAAGGCCAUGGGCAUGGCGGCACACACAGACUCCACCAUCCUGAACAUUCUGCAUCAAAGCAACACCAGUGGCCUACAGGUGUUCCGAGGAGACGGCAUUGGGUGGGUUACGUUGCAACCUCACCCGGGAGCCCUCAUAGUCGUGAUAGGAGACCUCAUGCACAUAUUGUCAAACGGGUCAUACUUGAACGCGCUCCAUCGGGCAGUUGUGAACCAGACCCAACACCGAUUGUCUGUAGUCUAUCUCCAUGGACCACCAUCAAGUGUCAAAAUGGGCCCACUUCCACAACUAGUGGACAGCAACCACCCUCCUCUCUACAGGCCCAUUACUUGGAAUGAAUAUUUGGGCAUCAAGGCCCAAUAUUUCGACAAGGCACUCACAACAAUAAGCCUAGCAAAUGGAUUUAUGAAUGCCGAUGAUGAUGAUAGUGUGAAA